GUAAGCACAGUCUGCUUGCUGGUGGUUCUCCUUUGACUCUUAUCAACGCCUUUGUGGAUCUGUCAGGACUUACCGGUAACUUUGAUGUAUGGAGGAACAAAUGUACCAAUAUUAUAAAUUACAGGCUCAUCCUGGUUUUGGAGCAGAGAUGUUGGACACUCUGUACGAGUGGUUCUGGUGGGACAAACUCUGGCUGCCUGCCGAGCUGUCGUGGGCUGACCUGGAGGACAAGGAGGGUCGGGUCUACGCCAAAGCGUCACAUCUUUACGUGACAGUCCCUUACGCCUUCGGCUUUUUACUCAUCAGAUAUCUGUUUGAAAGGUGGAUAGCGACGCCUCUCGCAGUCUGGGCUGGAAUCAGACAUCGGGUCCAACUAAGAGCAGAACACAUCCCCAUUCUGGAGCUCUAUUACACGACCCAGAGCAGAAACCCACUUCAGGCUGACAUUAUUGGGUUGUCGAAGAAAAGCAGUUUGCCGGUCAGACAGAUUGAACGCUGGUUCCGAAGAAGACGGAGGCAGGACCAUCCUGGAGUCCUAAAGAAAUUCAGAGAGGCCAGUUGGAGGUUUGUCUUUUACCUGUCUGCAUUUAUAGGAGGGAUCAUUGCACUUUAUGAUAAAGAGUGGCUGUAUGACACUAGAGAAGUAUGGACUGGUUAUCCAAAACAGUCCAUGCUGGAGUCUCAGUACUGGUAUUACAUCCUGGAGAUGAGCUUCUAUGGCUGCCUUCUCUGCAGUGUUGCCUUCGAUGUCAAGAGAAAGGACUUUAAGGAGCAGAUCAUCCACCAUUUGGCCACACUUGUCCUUCUGUCAUUUUCCUGGUGUUCAAAUUUCAUCCGCAUAGGAACGCUGGUCAUGUUGAUCCAUGAUGCUUCUGAUGUUUUACUGGAGUCUGCCAAAUUAUUCAACUAUGCAAAAUGGGAGAAAACCAGCCAUGGUCUUUUCAUUGUGUUUGCCAUAGUGUUUUUCGUGACACGCCUGAUCAUCUUUCCGUUUUGGUUGAUCCACUGUACCUGGGUCUACCCUGUUUACUACUACCCAGCCUUUUUUGGGUACUACUUCUUCAAUGCAAUGCUGGUGGUUCUUCUCUUCCUCCACAUAUUUUGGGCCUACCUCAUCUUACGCAUGAUCAGGAAGUUUCUCUUUGGCACACUAACAGGAGAUGUGAGAAGUGACAAUGAGGAGGAAGAAGGACAAGAGACCAGCCCAACUGAGGAUGACGAUAUUCCACAACACAAAGCCUUCAACGGACUGACAAGUGAUGCAGCAAACGAGAAAAAUGGCUGCUUUGGUUUGUCUCCACCAGGGAAUGCUCUAUCAAAGACAAUGUCAUGAUUUUGGAUGAUUUUGGUUCAGUAUAACAGUUAAGCAUUAAAAUGUGAGAAAGAGGGUUUUGCUGCAGGACAAAAAAAGAUUUUAAAUGUAUAUUUAUCAUUUUUACAGAUGCUGAACCAAAACACGGAUUAGUAAGAUUAACUUUUCUAUUCAUUUUCCUCCUUAUUUUUUAUUUAGGUUCAUACAUUUCACAACUACACAUAUGACGUGCAGUGGACCUGGAACAUUUAUGUAGAUCUGGUCUUUGGUGCUGACAUACUGGUUUAGAUGAAGCAGGGCCAGUUCCCCUUUUUAUCAUCCCAGUCGGUAGCCUAUUACUACCAUUUGUCUCUUCCUAAUUGGGUACGCAUGUUCUGAACCAUUGCUGAUUGGUUUAUUUUUAUGGGAGGUGAACAUUUUUGUAACUUUUAAGCAAUAACCUGAGGAUGAGAUGUCCAAUAACUGUAGCUCUGAACCCUGGCUGAGCCAGUUGACUCUUGAUGGUUAAAACAAAAUGUUCUGAGACUCUGUUUCAUACAUAUUAAACUAGUUAGCAAAUAUCUAAAACUUCAAAUUUAUGAAAGGGCUAAAAUAAAACAAUAUAUGGAAAGGUUGCUUCCACUAGAAGCUGACAUUUUAUAAGAAAAGAGGGGUUUUGUUGCACAUUAAUUUAAAGUUAAUGUAAUCUUUAAAACCUAAAAACCAAAUUCCUGAAUCAUUAUUGUCACAUUUGUUUAGGUUACUCUCUGAUCUGUGCUAUUGUUUAUUAAACCCAAGCAAUACAGCUCUUAUUAAAAUUUAUGCCAUAUUUUAAUUUUUAUUUCAGUUUAAUUCCAACUUUUGGCCUAAAAAUCUAGAAUUGUGUCAUUUUAUAACCAGCUUAACUAUUAAACACAGGAAUCAGACAUGACAGUAACAGCACAUUUGCUUUAAUUAGAUAUAUUGUCAGAGAAAUUGUCCAAGUGUAAGCCCAGUUCUUCCUACACACGGUAAAACAGCACCAUCAUGUGGACAAAAUAUAUAUUACAUGAGAAAAACAUUUUCAGAGCGUUUUAUUACAAGAGAGGAUAAUAUGAAGGGAUUUUUUUCAGGCUUCAUUAUUGUUGCAAGCAAAGAAGGCAUUUUGUAAACAAAAAAAAAAAAAAAAGAAUAAAUAAAAACAUGUAAAAAAUGUAAAGAUAAAUGACUCCAGAAAUAAAACUGUAAAACUUUUUGUUCAAAAAAAGUUUUUUGAGAAUAACAUUACUGUUUUCUAAGCUUUUAUCUUUUCUAAAACAAAUAUUUUUCUUUUAUAAAUUUAAUUUUUACAUGUUAUUUGAUCAUUAUCACAAUUCUAUUGCUCUCAUUGGAUUGUGGUUGU